AUGCAUGCUGACCUUGGCCGCACGUUGUCGAGCCAAGACCGCCAUACCCGGCUCAUGCCGCUCCACGAGUUCCUCUGGCACCGUCUAUCCGGCCAGUUGUUUCACCCCGACAGUCGCGAGGGACCGACGUACCUCAACACCAUGCUCCGGCUAGCACCAAUCUCGACAGCCAACACAGCCACGGAAAUCCAGACCCUCCUCCGACUGAAUGCAGCGCUGGAGGAAGACGUACACGUCGACAUUGAAGGAACGGUAGCGUGGCUCACUUUCACGCAGACUUCGGCGGCCGCACACGUAUACCACAUGUACGGUCCACGGGGACAACCACUAUGGAACGGCAACCAACGAUUUUUCGUCUAUCACGCCGUCGGUACGAUGCGCGCACCGUUGGACCUGUCACGCAUCGCCUGCCACGACUGUGGUCAGCUCGGCCAUAUGGCGGCUGACUGCCCUAUCUCCGAGACCGCUGACGACCGGUGGACACCUGGCGGUCGCAACCCUGACGCGGAGGGCUCACGACGCAGCAACACUACGGCCACAACACGCGGGAAGUCGCGCUCCCGAUCCACGCACAGCGUCGGUUUGGCGGCACGCUGGCAACCGGAACAGGCAUUGGUUCGGACUGUACCCGCAGCGGCUGCGGCGAUGGCGGCCACGCAGGCACUGGUUGCGCGUACGGUGCAACAGGAAAUCACUUCACAACUGGCCCACCAGGCGGCGGCAGCGAUCACUGUUCUCCAGCACCGCACGGCCACCCAUGAAGACCGCAUCGACAUCACAGAGGCUACAGUGGCGGAACAAACGGAGCUCAUCCACGACGCUGACGCACGUACGACCCAAUUGGAGACUCAGGUGGCCGAGCAACAGCGCACCAUCACUAUGGACAUGACGGCGCUUCGCCAGGAGCAAUCCAACACGCUUACGAUGCUCCGGGCCAUCGCCAACAGCAUGGCUGAUCAACAGGCUGCCGUGGAGCGCAUGGCAGCGGCAUCGAAUAAUGCCUCCUCCGCGCACGCCCCGCCGGCGGCGUCGGAAACUUCGGAUUUUUAA